AUGGUAGGCGCCGCCGAGCUUGCUGAGCACGUCCGGGAGUUCGAAGCUACCUUGGACUUUCCGCAGGCCAUAGGGGCACUUGACGGCUGCCAUUUCCCUGUGUCGCCACCACAAGCGGACGCCACCGACUACCGGAACUACAAGGGCUGGUACAGCAUCAUCCUCCUUGCCCUGAUGGACCAUAGAUACCGUUUCCUGUAUGUCAACGUCGGAGCGCCAGGGCGGUGCCAUGAUGCCCAUGUUUUCCGGAGGUCGGCACUGGCAGGCAUUCUAGAAGGGCCAACCUUCCAGAAGCCCAUGAUCACCAUCAAUGGGACCGCCGUGCCACCACUGAUCCUCUGCGACCAGGCAUUCCCGCUUACGUCCAACCUGUUGAAGCCGUAUCCGCGGACGGACGUCACGGACAACUCCACGCAGGCGGGGUUCAACAAGCGGCUGUCAGCUGCACGCAGGAUUGUUGAAAAUGCCUUCGGCCGAGUGAAGGCACGGUUUCGCCUGAUCCUGAAACGCAUGGAGUGUGACGUUAACAACGCCCGCCUGAUCGUACGAGCCUGCUGCGUCCUCAACAAUAUCUGCGAGCACUUCAACGAUGGCGUUGAGGCCCAGUGGCUCAGGGAUGCCCAGCGUGUGGACGGCGUCCACAUCCAACCGGUCUGCGCCAUGGACAUCGAAGCAGACAGCGGACAGAGGAUCAGGAACGCCAUUGCUGUCUACCUGCACCAGCGCUCCAGGCUGCAGCACUGA